GGUCUUUCAAUUUAGGAGAAUUCUAGCUACAUGUCUUGGUAGUACUGCAGAUUUCAUUCAUCAAACAAACUCGUUUUAGGUUGUAAUUAAACCUCUUUUUUUACAACCUCAAAACAACAAGUGCGUUGCGAUCGGGCAUAGGAAUAAAAUAAGUUUUGAAAACCAUUGCAGAGUGGAGUAAAACUUGGAAGAAUCAUGGCCACCGCAACCCCAAGCCGCGCCGCGCCUGCUGGAACCCCGCUCUCCCCGACUAGGAUCUCACGCCUCCAGGAAAAACAAGACCUGCAGCAUUUGAACGAUAGGCUUGCCGUUUACAUCGACCGAGUCCGGUCACUAGAGCUUGAAAAUGACCGGCUCAUGGUGAAGGUCUCCGAGAAGGAAGAAGUCACUACACGCGAGGUAAUUUUUAACACUUCAAAUCUCUAUGCUGCUCGCUAACCCUAUAACGUUAAUUACCGGUAGUUCGCUAACGUUAGCAUUUAACUAGCUAGCAAGAUAGUUAACUACUAAGUUACCGGUAGCACAACCCAUCUAGUUAGCAAAUCGAACUGGUUAAUGGAACACACCGGUAACCAACUUGUGGUCUAUCAGUUUGUACAUUUUGCGAGCAGUUUGAUUUGUUGGCUUGGCUAUAUUUCUCACGGGCCUGGACAGACACUAGCUGAUUAGCAAGCUAGCAAGUUUUGUAGGUACAUAGUAACUGGACUUUGGAAGAUAAGUCUCGCCAUAGCUACAUUUUAUCAAUCAAUGAGACGAUUGAUUAAUUGCAAUGUUUCACCAGUCAUCUCGCUCAUUCCCAGUGAAUCAUAUAGUUAGCAACUUUAAGACUCGCUAGCCUAGCCCCGUUUGCAUGGUAGCUAGCUGUCAUGCCUACAUUGCAUGCACGAUUAGCCAGCUAACUAGGAAAACAAGUUUUGGGUGUUCGAAACUCCCGCGAGUAUUAUAGUUAAUUUGGUUUUAAUCAACACAAAAUAACAAAUCUGAUUUUAACAAAAAAAUAUUAAAACAAAAUGUCCAAGAUUAGUACAUUACUUGGUGGAUAAGGUAAACUAACCAAAGUUGGCGCUGUUUUAGCUAACAGAUUGUAACAGGCUAUUUGAUGUUCCAUUAUAUUACCCGUUACAGGAUAGGCGUAGCACAGAGUUUUUGACCAACCAAAAGGAAUACAUUUUUUGCUUAGUGAAGUAAUCCAACAAUGUGUACGCCGUCAUCUUGUCUAUUUAAAAUCUUCUCUCAUUGAUCGAGACAGGUGUAAGUGCACCCACCUAUCUUGUCAAUGAGAGAAGAUUUGAAAUGGACAAGAUGGCGGCGUACACAUUGUUGGAUUACUUCAUGGCGCAAAACAUAUUAUUUUAAUAACUAAGCAUUUUCUAAAUUCAAACGAACCACCUACAGCUGGACAUGAACAUUUUUAAAGAUGUGUGUUUGGCCGAAUCUAGAACGAAGAUCGUAUCGCCAAGGUUGGUCAAAUUCUCUGUGCUGCGCCAAACUGUACCUAUCCUGUAACGGCUAAUGGAACAUCACAUUAGCUGUUACAAUCUGCCAUCUAGUUCUGUCCAGGUGGCUUUGUUUUUACCACAAUCGGCAUUUAUCAUUGUUAUUCUCAAUGCAGUAUGAAAUCCACAUCUUUGGGAUUCCUAUCACUUAGGAAUGUGUACAGUAUGUGCAAUUGGCCAUACAGUUCCAUUGUCUUGAUUAUUUGACAACUUCAGUCUCAGAGCUCCAGAAUGACUUCAGUUCACUGGAUCACAUUGAUAACUAUUUCACAACGUUUCCUAGAAAGCAUAUAAAUGGGGGAGCGGGUAAAUUAAUUGAGCUAGCUAUGAGUUCAGUGGUUGCGGUAACUGUUGAUAUGUGGUAGUUGCUGGUACACCUGUUCAGAGCUAAAGGGCAGGUUAGGAAGCACCUAUCAGCUCAUCUAGCUACUACAUUCCAACACUGUUACAUAGUGUUUAUAUAGAUAGUCUCAGCGACUAGGAAGGGCUUUGACUUGCACUGUCUACUGAACAGACCCCAGAAUGGGAUCAUUGUCUGGACUUGAGCCAAGCUGUAACGAGACACAGCCCUCUUUCCAGCCGAGGGGAGCGUUGUCCAACGCGUGGGUAUUGUUCUGCUGUGCAGAGUCAAAGUUCCAGAUGGGAGUGGCCCGAGGGGCGCCUUUUUAAAGUUUUGAAUCUGUAACUGUUACUCUCUCCCGGCCUGUUUUUAUAUUAAAGGAAAAACAGCUUUGUUGUGCAUUGCUAAACAAUAUAGUAUGCACAUAUUGAUGUUUUGGGAAAACUAGUUUGAUGCAUGUCAGAUGGCCUCUUGUUGCUAUAAUUUUAGGGUUUGUAUUUGAUAAUGGGAUGAGUUAAAUAAUAUGUCUGUGCAAAGAAAGAUGGGCAUUCAUGAAAAAGUUAUACAUCUCUUCAAACAUGUUUUUAAUUACCAGUUUAAGAUAAACAUAAUUUUAUAACAAAGGUCUCAGACUGUUACUGCCAAAUCUUUUCAUUUGGGAAUUGUAAAGCGAGCCACGCCCGCCAUCCGUUAUGUAUGAGGGAAAACAAGCUGUGGAAUGCUGGAUAGUACAGCCUUCCGAGCGGACACUGCUCGUGACUGACAGCCUGUGUGUGUCACAAGACUGCUAAAUAGUCUAUUUAACAGUACCCAAACUAUCUGCACUGACCCUACACACAUUCACUAGACUGUGUAUAUACACACCAUAUACGCACUACAUUGACACUUGCACACAACCCACACAUAUUCAUACUGACACAACACACACGCAUACAUGCACACUUUUACACUCAUUUUCUGCUGCUACUCUAUUCUUUAUUUUACUCUCAUCUAUCCUGAUGGGUAGUGACUUUACCCUGCCUUCAUGUACAUUGAGGGAAAGUAUUUGAUCCCCUGCUGAUUUUGUACGUUUGCCCACUGACAAAGAAAUGAUCAGUCUAUAAUUUUAAUGGUAGGUUUAUUUGAACAGUGAGAGACAGAAUAACAGCAAAAAAAUCCAGAAGAACGCAUGUAAAAAAUGUUAUAAAUUGAUUUGCAUUUUUAAUGAGGGAAAUAAGUAUUUGACCCCCUCUCAAUCAGAAAGAUUUCUGGCUCCCAGGUGUCUUUUUAUACAGGUAACAAACUGAGAUUAGGAGCACACUCUUAAAGGGAGUGCUCCUAAUCUCAGUUUGUUACCUGUAUAAAAUACACCUGUCCACAGAAGCAAUCAAUCAAUCAGAUUCCAAACUCUCCACCAUGGCCAAGACCAAAGAGCUCUCCAAGGAUGUCAGGGACAAGAUUGUAGACCUACACAAGGCUGGAAUGGGCUACAAGACCAUCGCCAAGCAGCUUGGUGAGAAGGUGACAACAGUUGGUGCGAUUAUUCGCAAAUGGAAGAAACACAAAAGACCUGCCAAUCUCCCUCGGCCUGGGGCUCCAUGCAAGAUCUCACCUCGUGGAGUUGCAAUGAUCAUGAGAACGGUGAGGAAUCAGCCCAGAACUACACGGGAGGAUCUUGUCAAUGAUCUCAAGGCAGCUGGGACCAUAGUCACCAAGAAAACAAUUGGUAACACACUACGCCGUGAAGGACUGAAAUCCUGCAGCGCCGCAAGGUCCCCCUGCUCAAGAAAGCACAUAUACAGGCCCGUCUGAAGUUUGCCAAUGAACAUCUGAAUGAUUCAGAGGAGAACUGGGUGAAAGUGUUGUGGUCAGAUGAGACCAAAAUGGAGCUCUUUGGCAUCAACACAACUAGCCGUGUUUGGAGGAGGAGGAAUGCUGCCUAUGACCCCAAGAACACCAUCCCCCACCGUCAAACAUGGAGGUGGAAACAUUAUGCUUUGGGGGUGUUUUUCUGCUAAGGGGACAGGACAACUUCACCGCAUCAAAGGGACGAUCGACAGGGACCAUGUACCGUCAAAUCUUGGGUGAGAACCUCCUUCCCUCAGCCAGGGCAUUGAAAAUGGGUCGUGGAUGGGUAUUCCAGCAUGACAAUGACCCAAAACACAUGGCCAAGGCAACAAAGGAGUGGCUCAAGAAGAAGCACAUUAAGGUCCUGGAGUGGCCUAGCCAGUCUCCAGACCUUAAUCCCAUAGAAAAUCUGUGGAGGGAGCUGAAGGUUCGAGUUGCCAAACGUCAGCCUCAAAACCUUAAUGACUUGGAGAAGAUCUGCAAAGAGGAGUGGAACAAAAUCCCUCCUGAGAUGUGUGCAAACCUGGUGGCCAACUACAAGAAACAUCUGACCUCUGUGAUUGCCAACAAGGGUUUUGCCACCAAGUACUAAGUCAUGUUUUGCAGAGGAGUCAAAUACUUAUUUCCCUCAUUAAAAUGCAAAUCAAUUUAUAACAUUUUUGACAUGCGUUUUUCUGGAUUUUUUUGUUUGUUAUUCUGUCUCUCACUGUUCAAAUAAACCUACCAUUAAAAUUACAGACUGAUCAUGUCUUUGUCAGUGGGCAAACAUACAAAAUCAGCAGGGGAUCAAAUACUUUUUUCCCUCACUGUACAUGUCUACCUCGUACCUCUGCACAUUGUUCUGGUACUCCCUGUAUAGAGCUCCACAUUGAUCUGGUUCUGGUACUCCCUGUAUAGAGCUCCACAUUGAUCUGGUUCUGGUACUCCCUGUAUAGAGCUCCACAUUGAUCUGGUUCUGGUACUCCCUGUAUAGAGCUCCACAUUGAUCUGGUUCUGGUACUCCCUGUAUAGAGCUCCACAUUGAUCUGGUUCUGGUACUCCCUGUAUAGAGCUCCACAUUGAUCUGGUUCUGGUACUCCCUGUAUAGAGCUCCACAUUGAUCUGGUUCUGGUACUCCCUGUAUAGAGCUCCACAUUGAUCUGGUUCUUGUACUCCCUGUAUAGAGCUCCAUUCUUGUGCAUUUUAUUUUAUUCCUCGUUACUAUUUUAUUUUAUAUUUAUUUUUAAACUCUGCGUUGUUGGGAAGGGCUCGUAAGCAAUAAUUUCACAGUAAACUCUACACCAGUUGUAUUUGGCACAUGUGACAAAUAAAAGUGUGAUUUUUUUGUUUGUUGUAUGCGCUCCCCCUCUCUGCACCAGGUGACUGGGAUUAAGACCCUGUACGAGGCGGAGCUAGCAGACGCUCGGCGUGUCCUGGAUGAGACUGCCAGGGAGAGGGCCAGGCUGCAGAUAGACCUGGGGAAGGCCAACUCUGACCUGGAGGAGGUGACCAGGAGGUGAGUAAUAACACCCACUGAUUUGGAUUCUGCCUCCUGAAAAGUGUUAUUUUAAUGUGUGAGGCUGCAUAUUCCUCUCACUCUGGAAGAGGAAAUCACUUAAUUGUAGGCCAACAUGACAAGAUGCACAUUCCAUUACGUCUGUCUGUCGUAGAAAAAUCAUUGUGUGUUGGUUGUAUGACGUUCUACACACAAUCCUUAAUGACAGGGAUCAUCAACUAGAUUCAGCCACGGGACGAUUACAAAAAAAUAUUUAUUGAGUGGAUGGCGAGGGGGGCCGAAACGUAAUUACAAAUAAUUUGUAGACUGCGGGCUGCCAGUUGAGGAACCCUGCUUAAUGACAUGCUACACAAUUCCUUUAUGAUGUCCUACACACAUUCCUUUAUGAUGUCCUACACACAUUCCUUUAUGAUGUCCUACACCCAUUCCUUUACAGUCUGUUACACAAAAUAGUUGUGUGUUAUAUGGCAAGAUGCAAAUUCCUGUCAUACAAAAAUGCUGUGGGUCAAUCUGUGGCUAACGUUAGUUGUUUGAGAUGCAAGUUCUACGCUCCAACCAAAAUAAUUGACUUAAUAUCUCAGAUUGUCUCUAAUCCUACAGGACUGCCUGAUGCUGCUAAUCUCCUUUCAGAGCAACAGUUUUAUGAACCUGUCAGGGUUGGGGUUAAUAAGAAUUGAAGGUAGUUCAUUCAGGAAGUGAUUUUAAUUUAAACUUCAACAAAAAAAAUGUGUUUGAAAUAAAUAGCAUUUACUUUUAAGUCACAAGUAAGAAGUCAUUGAAAUUAGAUGGCUGUUUUUUCAGUUAUUGAAUUGGAAUUUCAGUUUACUUCCUGAAUUGACUCCCUUCAAUUGAAUUGAACCCAAUCCUGUCUUGUGUAUAUGUUAUGAUCCUAGUCAUGGAGUAAACUCUAACAUUUUAAACCCUCACGUGAUCUUAUUCACUUCAGUUAAAAACUCCAUGGUCUUAUGAGCAGGGUCAUUUUGUGGAGAUGCCUGCUAGUAUUGACUCCCAAUUACACACUUGCUGUUCGUGUAAACCUGGUUUACUAAUCCUAAUUCCCCCUGGUCAGAUGCUUUCAAGGGUAUUUCAACCAAGUUAGACGUUUCUGUUUCUGUUCCUCAAGGUUCAAGACACUUGUGUUGAUCAUUGUUUACAUGGUUGCUAAUUAACACUUUGGUUGACAGGAAGUUAGUCAGUUUCUAAAGCACUGUCUUGGUUACCGCCUCCAACCGCUGAAGGAAUAUCCUCUUUAUUUAUCGGUCUUGCGGGCAUGCUUAUCUUUUAAAACCAACGUUUAAUGUGUAGCUAUACAGUUGUGUUCCUUUUUUCUAUUGGCAGCUGCUGUACAGCACAAUCUGUGUCAUAAGAAGAAGUGGGUGGGAGAAGAUGUGCUGAGAUUUCAGUGCCCUUUCUCCUGUAUUUUCUGUGAAAUCAGAUUAGGGACAAGGAACAUGCUUUAAUGUAUCAAACAGUUGGUUGGAAAUUGGCAAAAGUUAAACUAAUUUCAGUCCCAAAAAAAAUAGCUGGAGUUUGAAUGGAAAUGUACGUUGCCUUUUUAUAUUAUGAAAGUAAAUGCACAUGAUCUCACACAGUCUCUGUUUGUUCUCCAUUUCCUCAGCCUGAAAAAGAAAGAUGGCGACCUGGCUCUUGCCAUGGCUCGGGCCAAGGACUUUGAGGCCCAGUUCAACAAGAGUGAAGCAAACCUGGCCACGGCCCUCAGCGAGAAUGGAAACCUGGCUGCAGAGGUUGCCGACCUGAAGGCCCAGCUAGCUAAGGUUUCUGCACCUUUUACAGUUUCACUCAAACUUCACUCGCUCGACAGUCUGGUUAAAUAAUAUAAUAAUAUAUGCCAUUUAGCAGAUGCUUUUAUCCGAAGCGACUUUAUCAUGAUUGCAUACACUUUUUAACGUAUGGGUGGUCCCGGGGAAUCAAACCCACUAUCCUGGCUUUGCAAGUGCCGUGCUCUACCAACAGAGCUACAGAGAACCACAUCAACAUAGUCUAAAGCGUUACUGAUGAGACCAAAACGAGUCCCAAGGCAGUGCACAUUAUUUCUAGCCUGGUAGCUCGGCUUCCAUUACAUCACACAGCCCCCCCCCCGUCUGGUUUUCUAUGAACACGGUCUGUGUUUUUUUUAACUUACAGGGACAGAAAGAAUCCCACACACGAUAUUGCUAGCCUGGUAGUAGCCAUAUCUGGAGUUCCCGUUUUACUCACACCUGUCUUCUACUCGCCAUACAGUCAGUGUCUUCUAUUAACGCUGCCUGGAAGGUUUAUCUAUGGGGGGUUGGGCGACCACAUGAAGUGGCAAACUAAACGGAAGUUACCCAAUUGAAAGUUGGUAGCUGGUUGUCGUUAGUUACAUAACUGUCAUGGGCUAUUAUGUACAUUGGAACAAGCAAACCAGGAGUGGGGUGGGGGUGGGGGGGGGGAAGUGAGUCAUAUUAUUUGUAAAGUACGUUCACACACGGGUGAGUCAGACUGGGCUUACACACACACACACACACACACACACACACACACACACACACACUAUCAUGUUGCUGCACGGUUAGGACACACACACACACACACACACACACACACACUAUCAUGUUGCUGCACGGUUAGGACACACACACACACACACACACUAUCAUGUUGCUGCACGGUUAGGACACACACACACACACACACACACACACACACACACACACUAUCAUGUUGCUGCACGGUUAGGACACACACACACGCACACACACACACACACACUAUCAUGUUGCUGCACGGUUAGGACACACACACACACACACACACACACACUAUCAUGUUGCUGCACGGUUAGGACACACACACACACACACACACACUAUCAUGUUGCUGCACGGUUAGGACACACACACACACACACACUAUCAUGUUGCUGCACGGUUAGGACACACACACACACACACACACACACAGGUCGGCCUUUGUUCUUAUAACACCAUGUCUUGUGUCUCCAGGCUGAAGAUGCCCAUGCAGUUGCUAAAAAGCAGCUGGAGACCGAGACUCUGAUGAGGGUGGAUCUGGAGAACCGCUGCCAGAGUCUGACAGAAGAGCUGCAGUUCAGGAAGAGCAUGUUCGACGAGGUGGGUGGACAUAUAUGGAGAUGACGCCAUCCAUCACUGUUGUUUGCCCAGGGUGGGGAAACACUAUUCAUUGGGGGGGGGAAAGCCUCAGCAGGUAAAUACAUGUCACAUUUAGACACUGUAACCUCAGGCCGACCCAGUCCUGUACACCGAGUAUACCAGACAUUAGAAACACCUUCCCCCUUUGCCCUCAGAACAGCUUCAAUUCGUCGGGGCAUGGACUCUACAAGGUGUCGGAAGCGUUCCACAGGGAUGCUGGCCCAUGUUAACUCCAAUGCUUCCCACAAUUGUGUCAAGUUGGCUGGAUGUCCUGGGUGGUGGAGCAUUCUUGAUACACAUGGGGAAACUUGAGCGUGAAAAACCCAACAGCAUUGCAGUUCUUGACACAAACCGGUGCGCCUGGCACCUACUACCAUACCCUGUUCAAAGGCACUUAAAUAUUUUGUUUUGCCCAUUCACUCUCUGAAUGGCACACAUACACAAUCCAUGUCUCAAUUGUCUCAAGGCUUAAAAAUACUUCUUUAACCUGUCUCCUACUGUUCAUCAAUAAAGGAUCAUAGCUUUCACCUGGUCCGUCUAUGUCAUGGAAAUUUUUUGUAUACUCGGUGUAUAAAGUCCCACAGCUGCUGUGAUUUCAAACAUACAGAGAAAUGCACAAGAACAAAAGCUACAACUGUGAUUCACAUGCCUCCCUUUUCUGCAAAAAAAACAAAACAAUUUUAAAUCAAAGCUUUACAUCUUUACACCGGGGCAUGUGCAAGCAGACUAGCCACGUAACGCUAACGCCUGUCUGACUGGUGUGGUGACUGUCUGGAGUGUAGGAGGUGCGUGAGACGCGUCGUCGUCGUGAGAAGCGCACCGUGGAGGUGGACAGUGGGGUGACCCAGGACUACACGUUCCAACUGGCCCAGGCUCUGCAGGACCUGCGCAGGCAGCACGAGGAACAAGUCUCCAUCUACAAGGAGGAGCUGGGCAACACCUUCCAGGCCAAGGUAUGAAUGAUCUCUGACCCCAUGCUUCCUAAGCCUUUUAGAUGUGUCAGGCUAGGAGUUUAUGACCAUGUGUGACCGACCUUUGACCUUUAGGAAACUAGCUUUACAUUUUAGCCAUUUAGCAGACACUCUUAUCCCCUAGGCUGGCAGUAUAUAUAACUAUCCCACCUGAUUUGAACUAGCUAGUCUACUAAUCAUUGAUUUAGUUGAAUCAGGUGUGCUAGUUCUACAACAGAGAUACAGUGCCUUCGGAAAGUAUUCAGACCACUUGACUUUUUCCACAUUUUGUUACGUUACAGCCUUAUUCUAAAAUUGAUUAAAUUGUCCCCCCCCCCCCCCCCCCCCCAUCAAUCUACACACAAUACCCCAUAAUGACAAAGCAAAAAACAGGUUUUUAGAAAUGUUGGCAAAUGUAUUAAAAAAUAAAUAACAAACUAUGACAUUUACAUAAGUGUUCAGACCCUUUACUCAGUACUUUGUUGAAGCACCUUUGGCAGCGAUUACAGCCUUGAGUCUUCUUGGGUAUGACGCUACAAGCUUGGCACACCUGUAUUUGGGCAGUUUCUCCCAUUCUUCUCUGCAGAUCCUCUCAAGCUCUGUCAGGUUGGAUGGGGAGCGUCACUGCACAGCUAUUUUCAGGUCUCUCCAGAGAUGUUAGAUCGGGUUCAAGUCCGGGCUCUGGCUGGGCAACUGAAGGACAUUCAGAGACUUGUCCCUAAGCCACUCCUGCGUUGUCUUGGCUGUGUGCUUAGGGUUGUUGUCCUGUUGGAAGGUGAACCUUCACCCCAGUCUGAGGUCCUGAGCGCUCUGGAGCAGGUUUUCAUCAAGGAUCUCUUUCUCCUUUGCUCCGUUCAUCUUUACCUUGAUCCUGACUAGUCUCCAAGUCCCUGCCGCUGAAAAACAUCCCCACAGCAUGAUGCUGCCACCACCAUGCUUCACCGUAGGGAUGGUGCCAGAUUUCCACCAGAUGUGACUCUUGGCAUUCAGGCCAAAGAGUUCAAUCUUGGUUUCAUCAGACCAGAGAAUAUUUUCUCAUGGUCAGAGUCCUUUAGGUGUCUUUUGGCAAACUCCAAGCGGGCUGUCGUGCCUUUUUAAUGGCCACAAAGGCCUGAUUUGGUGAAGUGCUUCAGAGAUGGUUGUCCUUCUGGAAGUUUCUCCCAUCUCCACAGAGGAACUCUGGAGCUCUGUCAGUGACCCUCGGGUUCUUGGUCACCUCCCUGACCAAGGCCCUUCUCCCCCGAUUGCUCAGUUUGGCUGGGCGGCCAGCUCUAGGAAGAGUCUUGGUAGUUCCAAACUUCUUCCAUUUAAGAAUGGAGGCCACUGUGUUCUUGGAGACCUUCAAUGCUACAGAAAUGUUUGGGGACCCUUCCCCAAUGCCUCGACACAAUCCUGUCUAGGAACUCUACGGACAAUUCCUUCGACCUCAUGGCUUGGUUUUUGCUCUGACAUGCACUGUCAACUGUGGGACCUUAAAUAGACAGGUGUGCUUUUCCAAAUCAUGUCCAAUCAAUUGAAUAUACCACAGGUGGACUCCAAGUUGUAGAAACAGCUCAAGGAUGAUCAUUGGAAACAGGAUGCACCUGAGCUUAAUUUCUCAGAGCAAGGGUCUGAAUACUUACGUAAAUAAGGUAUUUCUGUUUUUUUUAUUUUAUAAAUUUGAUAUUUCUAAACCUGUUUUCGCUUUGUCAUUAUGGGGUAUUGUGUAUAGAUUGCGGAAUUUUUAUUUGAUCCAUUUUAGAAUAAGGCUGUAACGUAACAAAGUGGAAAAAGGGAAGGGGGUCUGAAUACUUUCCGAAUGCACUGUAUGCAGUCCUGGGGGCAUCAAAGGGAGACAUAGGGAAAUACUGUCAUAAUGAUUUAUAAUUAGCUAUGAAAUUGUGUGGGGGGGGUUGCUACUUGCAAAACAAAUAGUCAAUUUCAUACUAAACUCAGCAAAAAAAGAAACAUCCCCUUUUCAGGACCCUGUCUUUCAAAGAUAAUUCGUAAAAAUCCAAAUAACUUCAUUGUAAAGGGUUUAAACACUGUUUCCCAUGCUUGUUCAAUGAACCAUAAACAAUUAAUGAACAUGCACCUGUGGAACGGUCGUUAAGACACUAACAGCUUGCAGACGGUAGGCAAUUAAGGUCACAGUUAUGAAAACUUAGGACACUAAAGAGGCCUUUCUACCGACUCUGAAAAACACCAAAAGAAAGAUGCCCAGGGUCCCUGCUCAUCUGCGUGAACGUGCCUUAGGCAUGCUGCAAAGAGGCAUGAGGACUGCAGAUGUGGCCAGGGCAAUAAAUUGCAAUGUCCGUACUGUGAGACGCCUAAGACAGCGCUACAGGGAGACAGGACGGACAGCUGAUCGUCCUCGCAGUGGCAGACCACAUGUAACAACACCUGCACAGGAUCGGUACAUCCGAACAUCACACCUGCGGGACAGGUACAGGAUGGCAACAACAACUGCCCGAGUUACACCAGGAACGCACAAUCCCUCCAUCAGUGCUCAGACUGUCCGCAAUAGGCUGAGAGAGGCUGGACUGAGGGCUUGUAGGCCUGUUGUAAGGCAGGUCCUCACCAGACAUCACCGGCAACAACGUCGACUAUGGGCACAAACCCACCGUCGCUGGACCAGACAGGACUGGCAAAAAGUGCUCUUCACUGACGAGUCGUGGUUUUGUCUCACCAGGGGUGAUGGUCGGAUUCGUGUUUAUCGUCAAAGGAAUGAGCGUUACACCGAGGCCUGUACUCUGGAGCGGGAUCGAUUUGGAGGUGGAGGGUCCGUCAUGGUCUGGGGCGGUGUGUCACAGCAUCAUCGGACUGAGCUUGUCAUUUGCAGGCAAUCUCAACACUGUGUUACAGGGAGGACAUCCUCCUCCCUCAUGUGGUACCCUUCCUGCAGGCUCAUCCUGACAUGACCCUCCAGCAUGACAAUGCCACCAGCCAUACUGCUCAUUCUGUGCGUGAUUUCCUGCAAGACAGGAAUGUCAGUGUUCUGCCAUGGCCAUCGAAGAGCCCGGAUCUCAAUCCCAUUGAGCACGUCUGGGACCUGUUGGAUCGGAGGGUGAGGGCUAGGGCCAUUCCCCCCCAGAAAUGUCUGGGAACUUGCAGGUGCCUUGGUGGAAGAGUGGGGUAACAUCUCACAGCAAGAACUGGCAAAUCUGGUGCAGUCCAUGAGGAGGAGAUGCACUGCAGUACUUAAUGUUACUUACUGACUGUUACUUUUGAUUUUGACCUCCUCUUUGUUCAGGGACACAUUAUUCCAUUUUUGUUAGUCACAUGUCUGUGGAACAUGUUCAGUUUAUGUCUCAUUUGUUGAAUCUUAUGUUCAUACAAAUAUUUACACAUGUUAAGUUUGCUGAUAAUAGACGCAGUUGACAGUGAGAGGACGUUUUCUUUUUUUGCUGAGUUUAUAUUAAUUAUGUGUCUGUGACAAGUUCAUUUGAUACCACUGUUUGUGGUCCUUUUGUCUGUAGUUCCGGCCUGCAGGAGUGUAAAUGACAUGUUCUGUUCUCUGCCUAACCCCACCCCGUCUGUGCAGCUGGAUAAUGCCAAGGUGUCGUCUGACCUGAAUGACAAGGCGGUGAGCACCGCUCGGGAGGAGCUGGAUGAGGCUCAUAUGAGGAUCGAGAGCCUGGCCUACCAGCUCUCUGCCCUGCAGAAACAGGUACACACACACCUACACACACACACACACACACACACACACCUACACACACACACCUACACUCACACACACACACCUACACUCACACACCCCUACCUACCUACACCUACACACACUUCAUAGUACUUAACAUGCUGCUCGUAGUGCUCAGGUUUGUUGUUGUUAAUCUAUCUGUUUUAUCUGAUAACUUCAUUAAACACUUUGAUUAGUUACUAAUUCAACGGGAAUGUUAGAAGUAGCUUCCAGAUGGCUAUCUACUGCAAUUACAUUGUACUGCCUUGAACUGUCCCUAUUUUGUCAUUUUCGAACUAAUCCAUCCCUCCACGUGUAGGCGUCUGCCAAUGAGGAGCGUGUGCGUGAGCUGGAGGACCUGAUGGCUGGAGAACGGGACAAGCACCGCAAGCAGAUGGACUCCAAGGAGAGGGAGAUGGCUGAGAUGAGGGACCGCAUGCAGCAGCAGCUCAACGAGUACCAGGAGCUGCUGGAUGUCAAACUGGCCCUGGACAUGGAGAUCAACGCCUACAGGAAACUACUGGAGGGAGAGGAGGACAGGUGAGGAUGAGGAGUGAGGAGGGAGAGGAGAGAGUGAGAGAGAGAGAACGCAUCCAACAGAGAAACGAUAGAGAGAGAGAAGCGAGAGAGAGAGAAACGCAUCCACAGAGAGAGAGAGAGAGAGAUCCAAGAAGAGAGAGAGAGAACGCAUCCACAGAGAGAGAGAGAAACGCAUCCACAGAGAGAGAGAGAGAACGCAUCCACACAAGAGAGAGAGAACGCAUCCACAGAGAGAGAGAGAGACGCAUCCACAAGAGAGAGAGAGAGAGAACGCAUCCACAGAGAGAGAGAGAGAGAGACGCAUCCACAGAGAGAGAGAGACCUCCACAGAGAAAGAUCCACCAGAGAGAACCAUCCACAAGAGAUAACGCAUCCACAAAGGAGCAUCCACAGGAGAGAGAGUAGGCGCAUCCACGAGAGAUAGAAAGCGCAUCCACUAAGAGAGAGAGAUAAACCAUCCACAGAGUAGAAAACGCAUCCACUUAGAGGAGUAAAACGCAUCCAUAGAAGCGAGAACGCUCCACAGAGAGAGCGGAGAACGCAUCCACAGGUAGAGCGGAACGCAUCCCUAAGAGGCGAGAACGUCAUCCACAGAGAGCGUGAACGCAUCCACAGAGUGAGCGAACCAUCCACAGAUGAGCGAGACGCAUCCAAAGUAGCGAAACGCUCCACAGAGAGAGCGAGAACGCAUCCACAGUGAGAGCGAGAACGCAUCCACAGAGAGAGCGAGAACGCAUCCACAGAGAACCGGUGAAAGCUGUGGUCCGCUGUAGCUCAGCUGGUAGAGCACAGCGCUUGUAACGCCAGGGUAGUGGGUUCGAUCCCCGGGACCACCCAUACGUAAAAAUGUAUGCACGCAUGACUGUAAGUCGCUUUGGAUAAAAGCGUCAGCUAAAUAGCUUAUUAUUAUAACUGAUUUUUAAAAACACACUUUUAGCGAUCAAUGCAUCUUGCAAACUACUUGCGUGCACAGGUUAGAGUGGGAGAAGAAACAGGUGAGCGGUGCAUUCCUUCAGCCUGAGAAGUUCCACAUCACUCCGUGAAUUCCAGCCAGUACAUUCCUCACUUGUUGUCAGAGGGGUGCAGCUGUCUCUGUCUGUCUCUAAUUAUGUUGUUGGCAAGCUGCUGGAAGAAGUCAAAUUGCAUUCUUCCAGUUGCACUAAACAGGUAGACUAAUAAAUAUGGCAAUAAUUCAUAUCAUUCACCCUUCCCCAUUGUGGUUUAUCACUGAUCCUCCAGGCUAGAGCACGUCCCCCCCCAGGCUAGAGCACGUCCCCCCCCCCAGGCUAGAGCACGUCCCCACGUCCCCCCCAGGCUAGAGCACGUCCCCACCCCAGGCUAGAGCACUCCCCCCCCAGGCUAGAGCACGUCCCCCGCUAGACCCCCCGCCCCCCCAGGCUAGAGCACGUCCCCCCCCCCCAGGCUAGAGCACGUCCCUCCCCCCAGGCUAAGCACGUCCCCCCCCAGGCUAGAGCACGUCCCCCCCCCCCCAGGCUAGAGCACGUCCCCCCCCCCAGGCUAGAGCACGUCCCCCCCCCCCCCCAGGCUAGAGCACGUCCCUCCCCCCCCAGGCUAGAGCACGUCCCCCCCCCCAGGCUAGAGCACGCCCCCCCCCCCCCCCCCAGGCUAGAGCACGUCCCCCCCCCCCCACACCCCCCCCCCAGGCUAGAGCACGUCCCCCCCCCCAGGCUAGAGCACGUCCCUCCCCCCCCAGGCUAGAGCACGUCCCCCCCCCCCCCAGGCUAGAGCACCGUCCCCCCCCCCCCCCAGGCUAGAGCACGCCCCCCCCCACCCCCCCCCCCCCCAGGCUAGAGCACGUCCCCCCCCCCCCCCCCCCAGGCUAAGCACGUCCCCCCCCCCCCCCCCCCCCCCCAGGCUAGAGCACUCCCUCCCCCCCAGGCUAGAGCACGUCCCCCCCCCCCCCCAGGCUAGAGCACGUCCCCCCCCCCCCAGGCUAGAGCACGUCCCGUCCCCCAGGCUAGAGCACGUCCCCCCCCAGGCUAGAGCACGUCCCGUCCCCCCCAGGCUAGAGCACGCCCGUCCCCCCCAGGCUAGAGCACUGUCCCGCCCCCCCAGGCUAGAGCACGUCCCCCCCCCCAGGCUAGAGCACGCCCCCCCCCCCCAGGCUAGAGCACGUCCCUCCCCCCCAGGCUAGAGCACUCCCCUCCCCCCCAGGCUAGAGCACGUCCCUCCCCCCCCCAGGCUAGAGCACGUCCCGUCCCCCCCAGGCUAGAGCACGUCCCGUCCCCCCCAGGCUAGAGCACGUCCCGUCCCCCCAGGCUAGAGCACGUCCCGUCCCCCCCAGGCUAGAGCACGCCCCCCCCCCCCCAGGCUAGAGCACGCCCCCCCCCCCCAGGCUAGAGCACGUCCCGUCCCCCCCUGGCGAGAGCACGUCCCGUUCCCCCCCAGGCUAGAGCACGCCCCCCCCCCCCAUGGCUAGAGCACGUCCCGUCCCCCAGGCUAGAGCACGCCCCCCCCCCCCAGGCUAGAGCACGUCCCGUCCCCCCCAGGCUAGAGCACGUUCCCGUCCCCCAGGCUAGAGCACGCCCCCCCCCCCAGGCUAGAGCACGUCCCGUCCCCCCCAGGCUAGAGCACGUCCCGUCCCCCCCAGGCUAGAGCAGAAGGGUAAACAAUGAGCUAAAUUGAAACCGAGGCCUUUCAAGCUGACACCUGUUUCUCCCCCCAAAUGUCAUGCCUCUCCUUGAACUUUGACCUGUGUUCACUUGGUGCCUGCUGAACUACUGAAGGUUUAGGCAGGCUUAUCCAGGUGCUGCUGGAUAGAUGGCUAUGACGUAAUGUCAUAAGCAGUAUUUGAAGGCUGGUGGUUGAGACCCUGAGAGAGCCAGUCAGCUAGAGCCAGACCAGACAAACUACUGGAGUGUAGAGCAGAAGACUAAAGGUCGACUAGUAAAACGAUGUCAGCCUCCACAAUACAGUAGGUAUUUGUUUUCUUGUUAACGUUUUGGGUAAUCUGGAUGCAAAUAGUAAAUGACUAACAUUUCCUCCUUCUACUCCAUUUUUUUUCUCCUCACCUCUUCCUCUCACAGACUGAAGCUGUCCCCCAGCCUGUCCGGCCGUGUGACAGUGUCCCGCGCCAUGGGCGGCAGCACCUCUUCCCGCUCCUCCCGCGCCAAGAGGAAGCGCGUGGAGCUGGAGGAAGAAUCAGUGGUCGUGCCUCAGGUCCACAUCAGCCAGGAGGCAGAGGCCGUCGGCAGCGUCGCCAUCGAGGAGACUGACCUGGAGGGCAAGUGUGUCACCCUCAAGAACGACUCAGACAAGGUACUGCUCGCUACUCAUAGAAUGACAUAUUACAACGCUUUACAAUUACAGCGUUGUUGUAGUCGAGUCACUAAACCUCAAGGUCGAGUCACGAUUCCCUGUCGCUAAGUCCCGAGUCCGAGUCACCAAUGGUCGAGUCGCUAUGGCUGAAGUGUGAGGCACAGUGCUCAAGUCUGAGUCGCUGGGUCUGAGUUUAACAAAAAAUACCUACAUUUAAUAUUGGUUGAUGUGCAAAUAAAAAAAUGUCAACAUUUGAAAGCAAAACGAAGGAUUCGGGGUUCUUUAGGUCAUAAUUGCCUGCAAUAUGCAAUAGCCUAUGGAACAUAAGUCGUCAUAGUAGCCUAUCCAGUCCAGGUGCAAAUACAGGACGGUGAGUCCCAGUCACCGAUGGUCGGGAAGCAAGUCCGAGUCACAAUGUGUGUCAAGUCCGAGUACCUGAGUCGGACCAGUCCGAGUCACCUAAUUUCGUCCAAGUUCCGAGUCACCGAUUUCGAACAAGUCGAGUCCUAUUCGAUGUCAAUCGUGUCCAAGUCGUGUCCAAGUCGUGUCUCAAGUCAUGAAAAUUGAGCCUUGAGUCAGACUCGAGUACUACAACACUGCAAUUACAUAUUACAACUCUUUAGAAUUAUAAUUCAAUAUUACAACCCUUUAGAAUUCCAUAUUACAACUUCUCUGAUACUUUAAGAUGCAUAUUUGCUUUACUGCCAUGAAGUAAUCAAUAAUUAAUGGCAUGUUAAUUAGGAUUGGUGAAAGCAAUAGGGUUUUAAAAAAACCCCACUGUCUAUAGGACCAGUCUCUAGGUAGCUGGAGGCUGCAGAGGCAGAUUGGAGAAGGAGAGGAGAUCACCUACAAGUUCUCCCCGAAGUUUGUCCUCAAGGCUGGCCAGACGGUCACGGUAAGCAGCAGUCCUCCUCAGUCAUUACUGAUUUUCUGUGACUGAUAUUCUUUAUAUGUCAGCUAAAUUCACCCAGGUGGCAAGAGUUUGUAAAUGCACGUAUGAAACAUUAGCCAUUUCCCCUGGUGUUGAACCUAGUUGUUAUGAAUUCAUCUUUCUGUGUGAUGUCCCGUUGUAGGUGUGGGGAGCAGACGCAGGCGUGUCUCACAGCCCCCCCUCUGACCUGCUGUGGAAGAGCCAGGCCUCCUGGGGCACCGGGGACGACAUCAUCACCACUCUGGUGAACUCUGACGGAGAGGUGAGGGGGGGGGAACACACAUCUACAGUGCCUUCGUAAAGUAUUCACCAAUGCCUCGCAUCAUUACACCCAGUCACUAUAAAGAUACAGGCGUCCUUCCUAACUCAGUUGCUGGAGAGGAAGGAAACCUCAGGAUGGAUCAACAUUGUAGUUACUCUACUAACCUAAAUGACAGAGUGAAAAGAAAGGAAGCCUGUACAGAAUAAAAAAUAUUCCUGUUUGCAGUAAGGCACUAAAGUAAAACUGCAAAAAAUGUGGCAAGAAAAUGAACUUUGUCCUGAAUAAAAAGCGUUAUGUUUGGGGCAAAUCCAACACUUCACUGAGUUACCACUUCAUAUUUUCAAGCAUGGUGGUGGCCCCAUCGUGUUAUGGGUAUGCUUGUCAUCGGCAAGAACUAGGGAGUUUGUUUUUUUAGAAUAAAAAGAAACUGAAUAGAGCCAAGCACAGGCAAAAUCCUGAAAGAAAACCAGGUUGUCUGCUUUCCAACAGACACUGGGAGACAAAUUCACCUUUCUGCAUGACAAUAACUUUAAAUACAAGGACAAAAAUACACUGGAGAUGCAUACUAAGACGACAGUGAAUGUUCCUGAGUGGCCUAGUUACAGUUUUGACUUAAAUUGGCUUGAAAAUGGCUGUCUAGCAAUGAUAAACGACCAACUUGACAGAGCUUGAAGAAUUUAAAAAAGAAUUAUAUGCAAAUAUUGUACAAUCCAGGUGUACAAAGCUCUUAGACGUACCCAGACUCUCCGCUGUAUUCGCUGCCAAACGUGAUUCUAACAUGUAUUGACUCAGAGGUGAUAACUUUUUUUUAUUUAUUUUUACAGAUUCCUGUAUUUAAUUUUCAAUACAUUUUGCUAUGUUUUCACUAUGUCAUUAUGGGGUAUUUUGUGUAGAUGGGUGAGGGGGGGGAAUCUAUUUAAUACAUUUUGAAUUCAGUCUGUAACACAACACAAUCUGGAAAAGUCAAGGGGUAUGAAUACUUUCUGAAGGAACUGUAAGUACAAUAUUUGUUUCUGGCUCUUCUCAGAAAUUAGCUACAUGUCCUGAAUUGUAAUAUCAAUUUGAAAAGCCUUUACAAAUAUUGCGAUGUGCAAAAUAUUAGGUUGGGGCGGAAAAUGGCAGAAUAAAUACAAGACCCUGCAGAGAUUUUUAAUCGAGCUGUUGUCUUCCUGUCCAGGAGGUUGCUAAGAGAACCGUCACCAAGAUGUUGAUGGAGGUAGAGAACGGAGAUGAUGACGAUGAUGACUUCGAGGAGGAGGAACUGAGAGUAAGUUAUUUCUCUUGAAUUGAAUCCAUGGCUCCCUAAUGGUAAUAAUGAACUUAUCUCAGUCAGGGAAAGUUGGCGCUAUUGCCAUCAGGUGUGUGUGACAAAAAUAUAUCUAUAUCUCUCAUACGCAUGCCCAGUGUUUCCGCUGCAGUCAUUUAGCUGUGGCGUCGCCACGGCAAAAUCAUUGCCGCCUGGCCAAACAAAUAUGGAGAAUUUUUUUUUUUAAUAGUUCUGCCGAGGCGUACUUUAAAGAUGCUAGAACAGUCCACGUUUACUUUUCCUCUGCCAACAAAACGAGUAAUGAAUAGAAAAACCAGACUACCCCAUAGUAGAAUCUAUUUACCUCGUCGGCUUGUCUGUUCUGUGCGAGAUAAAUUCAAGUAAGGAGUGCCAUAGGGAGGGAAACAUGCAUUCUGACAACAGUCGAUGCACAAUUCUUGCAAUCGCGGGGAAAACAGCAGUUUUAAUGGUCUUUGUUAAAAAGAGGGGGCUUUCCAUUCCUACUUUAUUUAUUUUGCAACUUGUAAAUAUGUGCAAACUACCAUUUUUAAACCUGGAGUUUUUAGCAGCGGCAUGUUUAAGCAUGUUACCACUCAGCAUGUUACCACUCAGCGGUUGAGUUGUGACAUGAAGUGGUUUCUGUGAGAAGUACAGGCAGGGGGCGUUUUACCCCGGGUGGCAAGUUACCCUAACAGGUAGGCCUACAUUAUAUUCACUGUUUAUGCAGUUUUUUUUUGGGGGGGGGGGCAUAAAAUUAAUCAAUAGGAUGCCAACUAGUUAAAAGAUCACAUUUGGGAUCUGGCUAAUGAUUAGCCCAAUAGGGUAAAUGUAGAUUGGCUGAAGCAUGGGGUUCCCUGUGUAUUUAUAGCCGCUAUGCUGCAUCAGUUGGGUUACAGGUGAUAACGGUUCUUACCAAUAUGUUAUUGGGCUCGUUUCUGGAGGUGGAAAUUAUAUUUUAGAGGGUGUCAGCGUAAUUUUAUUUUCAUUCGGUUUGGAGUAGAAUGUCACCAGGGCGGCAGGUAGCUUAGUGGUUAAGAGCGUUGUGCCAGUAACCGAAAGGUCGCUGGUUCUAAUCCCCGAGCAGACUAAGUGAAAAAUCUGUCUGUGCCCUUGAGCAAGGCACUUAACCCUAAUUGCUCCUGUAAGUCACUCUGGAUAAGGGCGUCUGCUAAAUGACUAAAAUGUAAAUGUAACUGAGCUUCUCAGUCCUUCUACAUAAAAACACACUGAGUGCCUAUACUAGAUUAAGAUGGCUGUAACAUCUAGUAUUCAUUUAGUGGUGCAUUGUUUUGUCUCACAUCUUACCCUUGUUUCCUUCCAGGGAGAAAAGGCCUCUUCCAGGGAAUGUUCAAUCAUGUGAAGAAGUCCCCCAUUCUUGAGUUUGUUUUCCUACAAAUUCUGCUUCUGUUUUUCUACAGCCACUCAAAUGUUUUUGUAUAAUUCUGUCUUGUGUUCUUAAUAUUUUUUUAUCUUAUAAGACAAGGUAAGAGCCUGCCCAUAUUUUUAAGACUCCGUUUUUAACAUCCAGGUAAUCAUGACGAAAUGAAACUAUUUCGGCAGUGAGUUUAGGACUGAAUUCACUAAGAAGUUAGUUACACCCCCCCCCCCCCCCCCAUCAUGUUGAGUAAGACAGUCAGACAGCUGGAAGUCUUCUGGAUUUAAAGAAUAAUGAUUGUUCCUUCAGCACAGGAUCCCACAUUCCCCUUAAUCUACAUGAAUCAUUGAGAGUAGUCCCCGGGACCGGAGGACACUGGCAUUAGGCUUGCUGAUGUCCAGCCAGAAAGGACUUCACUGUGUGUAUGGGAUACGCUUUAUUGUAGAAUGUUUUUGGGAGCCAUAGUUAUCCAUGGUGGCAUUUUUAAUCGAUUGCUCAUUUGAUGAACUUGUCACCAUCGAAGGCAGUAGAGGGCGAAAAGGAGUUUGGGGAGAAUAGCCAGCCUGGAAUCCGUUCCACACUGAACAUCGUUUCAUUUCACAACAACAUGAUCCUAUGAUGCUCGAUUGGUAGAGCAUAGCACUUGCGACACCAGGAUAGUGGGUUCGAUUCCCG